GCCGUUUUCCGGGGGGGUUGAGAAGAGAAAGACAGGAUUUACAGCUGGGGAGGGAAGAACCUGAAGAGCUGCAGGCGUUCCUGCCAUCUCUCCAUAGAACUCAGCGGAGGAAAGUUCAGUUCGUCUUCGUUGUUGUUAUUUAUUUGUUUAUUUAUUUAUUUGUCGCCGCCGAGCCUGUGGUUUGUUUUAAGACGUCAGAGGCAGCUGUUGUUAGACAUGUUCAAGAAAACGAAGAGUAAAGUCCUGGUGGAUUAUGCGUCAGAGGAGGACGACAUGUCGUGGCACCAUCAUCACUCCUACAAGGAGAAAGACGCAGGAGAAGAUGAGGACGAGGAAACCGUCGCCACGGCAACAAUGGAGGCCAAGGUGAAAAAGAUCAUGUCCAAGAAGGAGAGAAGGGAGAAGAAGAUGCUCUCCUCUAAGGAUGAUGAACACUUCUUGCUGACAGGAGUAAAGCUGGCUGAUCGCAAAGGGCCUCAAAAGAAAGUCAAGGACAGCGAGAAGGAGAAGAAGGACAAGACAGACAAAGGCUACUGUUUCUGGGACAGCGUUACGAUGACGAUGAGGCAAAUCUCACCAGCCAAGAAACUGGAGAAGAUGGAGGGCUGGGAGCCGCCACACUUGGAGAAAUUACCUGAGACUGUAAACGAUGAACCCCUUGUGGAGAACAGUCAGAAAGGAGAGUUUGCGGUGUCCCUCCCAGACGCCCUAAGCAUUCCAGUGGAAAUACCAUCAUGGGGUGGCCUGGGUUUUGAGGAGGACUCCUCUCGCUAUGCCAACCUGACAGACUCCAAUGAUUCAGCAGCUGCAGUGAAGUGGACGUCUCGUGCCAAGGUCAAGCUGGCUGGCAUCAGCAGGAUGAGCCGAGGGAUUGUGUCUGAGAGCGCAUGGGGGGGCUUUAAAUAG